AACAUCAACAUCCUCCUCCUCAAUCCCAAUUCUUCUCGCGCCAUGACAAAGACCAUGGAAUCAGCCGCCAACUUAAUAGCAACUCUUCUUCCAUCCGUAUCCAUCAGCACAUACACGGCCCCUGAGCCAUCUCCGGCAAGCAUCGACAAUGAUGAGGACAUAAAUGCCAGCGUUGAAGCCGUUUCCAACGAUCCAGAGUUCAAACCCGAGGGCUACGACGCCGUGCUCGUUGCCUGCUUUAGUGUUCACCCCCUCGUCAAGCAGCUUGCUCACUCUCUGAGACCUACUCCCGUAAUUGGAAUUUUCGAAGCCAGCAUUCUGACGAGUCUCUCUCUUGUUCCCCUUGUUGAAAAGGAAAAGGAGCAGCAGCAAUGGGGCAUCGUAACAACGGGAGCCUUCUGGGAAGCGCACCUCUCCAAUGGUGUCGCCGCCUUUCUGGGUCAACCACUGUCUCAGAGCAUCAGCGAUCACAGAUUCGCCGGUGUCUACUCUACCGGCCUCAACGCGGGUGACUUUCACAUAAUCUCACAGGAGCAAAUCAACGUGCGCCUCAGAGAAGCCACCAAGCGGCUGCUCUCCUCGGGAAACGUCACCUGUGUCGUCAUGGGCUGCGGUGGCAUGGGAGGCUUGCAAGACAUGAUUCGCGACAUCAUCGUCCAGGAAUACGGCCGGGACAAGGCCAAGGACGUAUCCAUUGUAGACGGCGUCCAGGCCGGUGUGUUACAGCUACAGCAGACGGUGCUUAGCCGGCGAGUCUUU